AUGUCGACAGUGAUGAUUCGUCGUUGUGCUUCUUGCAGGUUUUUGCUGAUCCUGCUCUACCUGGCGAUCUUUAUGAUUAAUAUCGGACGAGCAGAUUUUCAUAGCUUUCACUUGCCGUCGCACAAAGCAGAAACCGUCUUUUGGACACAUCUUCUCAGAGGACGCGGAACCUCCACUGCAGGUGAUGCAAAUGCUGCUGAAGCCGCACCGCAGGGGCAACACAACAAUGACCAACACCGACCCACACACGAAGGAGUGCAUGUCGAAAAUUCACCGCCAGCACCAACGAGAACCACGACAUCUUACAAAAAUUAUUCGCGCGAUAGUACGAAAGAUGACGAUGAGCAUAGCAGAGAUGAUCUCUCUCCACGACGUGCUUCUUCAUCGUGGGUCUGCUCUAGUAAAGAACAUCUUCGUUUAUUCCACUGCCCUCUACUCUUAAGGCAUAUUUGA